CAUAUAUGCUAUAUAUAAAAUAAACAUUUUAAAAAAUGAUGAGGCAAUAGACUGUGUUGUUUAUCUGAAAUCAUAAGCGUGGUAUAUUUCGAAAUCCAAAACGUAUGGCUGUUAUGUCGGGUACUUGGACCACUACUGUCAAACAAAGGCAACCUAGACAUUUAGUGAUUGUUCUACUUUUCAUAUUCCUGCUAGCCACCUUUCAAAGCCUUCGAAAGCUACGCUCACAGACAGGUCAUGGAGAUUUCACCUCGCCGAGUGUCACAAAUGAAACUGCCAGUAUAAAGAAGCGCUUAUUGGUAACUGGGGCAGCAGGCUUCAUCGGCAUGAGUUUGAGUAUAGCCUUGGCAGCAGAUGGUCACACUGUUGUUGGUAUCGACGACUUCAAUGAUUAUUAUGACGUCGACCUUAAAAGGGAUAGGGCAUAUGAACUAUACAGAAGAAAUAUUGAGGUACUUCAGUUGGAUGUAUGCGAUAGAUCCGGCCUGCAAGAGAUAUUCAAAGAACAUCGGUUCACACAUGUUGUACACUUGGCGGCGCAAGCCGGUGUCCGAUAUUCGAUAGAGAAUCCACUCGCAUAUGUAAGGGCAAACGUACAAUGUUUCGCUACUCUGCUUGAAGUGGUGCGACAUUUCCCUGGCAUUUUUGUCACCUACGCUUCAUCAUCUUCAGUUUAUGGACGCAAUACAAAAGUGCCCUUUGACGUCAGUGACCGCAUCGAUUCCCCGUCGAGUCUAUACGCUGCCACUAAAAAGUCGAAUGAAGAUUUUGCUCGCGUGUAUCAUCAUCUCUACAAAAUCCCAAUGACUGGACUACGGUUUUUCACGGUUUACGGACCUUGGGGGCGACCCGAUAUGGCUGUUUACAAAUUCUCUGCUCAAAUAAUGGAGAAUAGAAGUAUUGACGUAUACGAUGAGGGCACUUUACAACGAGACUUCACAUACAUAGACGACAUAGUGGAUGGUAUUAAAGCCGCUAUAAAUCACGGUGCCAAUUUCGAGAUAUUCAAUAUCGGUAAAGGUCACCCCGAGACCGUUUCCGAUUUGAUAGCUGGGCUUGAAAAUGUCCUCGAGAAGCGCGCAAACAAGAAUUACUUACCGAUGCAGCCAGGGGAUGUAAAAAUUACGUACGCGGAUAUCGGCCAUACUCGGUCCCAACUGGGGUUUGCGCCGAAAAUUUCACUGCAGGAGGGAUUAUAUCGAUGGGCUGCAUGGUAUUUGGAAAGGAGGGAGGACUUGGAAAGAGGAAAUUUCGUCAGGCAGAAGGAGUAUUAUGAAAAACAAAUAGAAACGGGUGUUUCACAGGAGUCGACGCUCGUCACUGCGGUGCCUAAAAUACGAAAGGGAGGUACGGCGGGGGGGGUCGUAUUGACAUCGAUUUUAGAGUAUUCCGAAGCGGCCAUGAACUGUUUGAAAUCGCUAUAUCGAUAUCAAAUACCAUCCAUAGUGUUCGUGAGUAAGGAAGUAUUGAGCACACUGGACACAGUUACUUUCAAGAAUGCAACCGUACAGAUUCUGUUGAUCGGUGACGAUGAACUAUGGCGAAUGAACUGUUUUCGACACCUCAAAGCACACCUACUAGGACUUGUGAAAAUGCAGAAAGCCCCGGAAUAUUUAGUUUUCGUGGAAAGCAAGAAGGUGGAUUUUUCGCGAAAUCCAUUUUCAGACAUACAGCGAACACACAAGGAAAAUGGCUUUACAUUUUUUUUUACAGCUCGAAGUGUACCGUUCCUACGUUUUGACACAGGAUUGUAAGGCGUGUUUCGGGUUGUCGGAGCGCGGAUUUGACUUAGGCCAGCUAAAUUCUACCCAUGAAAGCGCAUUCAGUCCGGACAUUUGGGGUGGACCUUUCGAUGAAUUCAUGUUCUUGCUCGAUCAUAUGAAUUCUGUCCUAUACACUGAGAAGAAACUUCUGUACAGUGAGAUCACCAUUGAAUGCAUGAGGGUUGCAUUCAUUAUCGCCGUCAAAAGACUGGCAGGAUAUGCAAGGAUUUCAGCCGGGCAUGGGGGUUCAAAAGAUAAAAUAUUUUCUCCAGCAAGAAGCGAGUACUGUACUGGCACCCAAGCUUCAUACGCCGUUUACCAUCUGCCAGUUUGCAAGUCCAGUCAUUGAAAAAUAAAUAUGAAAAUGACCUUCCAAAUCGAAAAGCCCGACACCCAAAUGGCUAAUUACGCAUAUCCCGCUCUAGCUGAGGAUGGCACCGCAAUAACUGCAGAGUUUUUGCGGUGCCCAAGUCCCCAACGCUCAAUACGUUGUGUAAAUCUCUGUAACAUCAUCAUCCAGCUCGCUACUGGAUAGUUUCUUUAUUUUGUAGUGAACUCAAGGUACACGUAGUUUAAUAAAUAGGGGAACUAAGCUAAUGGUUUAGCCUCCCUAGAACCAGUGACAAAAGGAUCGGUGUUAGGACCGACCCCGUAGUCUUAGUCAAGAGUCAAGAGUCAAGUGACAUGUGUGAUG